AGAUAAUACUUUUGUAAUUUUAUUUGUUAGAUCAGCCCUAAUAAUCUCAGACCUCAAUCGAGAACAUCAUUCUCGUCGCCGGCGGGUCGAAAGCCGUUCACCCCUCUCCUCCACCGUCGUUGUCGUUGGAAAUGGACGGUUUGAGGGUGCUGCAAGGUGACUCGAUGAGUGCUUUCAUUGAAGGGAUUGGUGCCGGUGGCGUGCUUUCCUGGUUCACUCAAUCCAAAGGUAGCUGAAAAUCUGAUGGGUAUGCAUGAAGAAUGCUUAGAAAGUAAUUUUAGGUCUAUUGAGAUUCUCAAGGAAGCCAAUCUUAAGCAAGCUGCUCAUCCUCGUGUAGCACAGAUUGUCAAUGAUGAUGAAGAUGAAGACGAUGAUAAUGAUGAAAACAUCAUUGGGGCUAGUAACUCUUCAAACAUGGAUGUGGACAUCCCAAAAUCUGAAUCAGACAUGAAUUCAGUAAACAGGCCAGUUAAUGGGACUCUUCCAAAGGUUGCAGCUGAAGCUGAUGAUGAAUGGACUGUUGUUUCAAACAGGAGAAAUAAGGGUAGAAAAAAUUAGAUGAAUAAACAAUUAAAAUUUUCUUUGUAAGUAUAUGUAGUCUUUCUCUGUUUUCUUGUGCCUUUUGAGUUAUUGCAAACCUUCCUAGGGUGUGUAAUGUAUCUGAAAAUUUUGUUUCUUAUUUAAAGGAAUCCAUCUUGUGUUGUCUUUAGAGAUGAAGUGGAUGAACACGUAUUUUGGGA